UUGUGGCGGACGAGGCGUUCCAGAACGCCAUCCACAGCUUCACAGAGGCGGUGCUGAGGUCGGAGAGGCUGGCCAGAAUGGUGCAGUCCGGCGCCUGCUCGCAACAUGAUCUCAAGGAGAUCUUUAAGAACAUGAUCGAAAAACGCGUCAGGUGCCUCCCCGAGAUAGAUGGCCUGAGCAAGGAGACGGUGCUCACUUCCUGGAUGGCCAAGUUCGACUGCAUCCUGAAGGUACCGGGAGACGACGACCAGCGGAAACCGUCCCGACUUCAAAACAGCGGCAACUCAGAGCUCAUCCUCAGCAAGGAGCAGCUGUACGACAUCUUCCAGAACAUUCUCGGUGUCAAAAAGUUUGAACACCAGCUGCUCUACAACGCGCUGCAGCUGGAUUCAGCCGACGAACAAGCGGCCGCUAUCCGCCGUGAGCUGGAUGGUCGAAUGCAGAAGGUCGCCGAGAUGGAGCGGAAUCGACGUCUGAUGCCAAAGUUUGUGCUGAAAGAAAUGGAAUCAUUGUACGUAGAAGAGCAGAAGUCGGAAAUAAAUAAGCUGAUGGUCAACUUGGAGUCGUUGCCUGUCUCCAAGGGCUCGACGGACUCCAAAUAUGGUCUUCAGAAGUUGAAGAAGUACAAUCACAGCGCCAGCGCCAGGGCCGAUUGGAACGGCCAGACCAGUUCAUUAGCCGUGGAAAGCUUGUUAGAUGAUUCCAAAACUGUGAGCUGCUGGUUUAACCGGCGACGUAGCUCUGUGCUAAGGUCACAGGCUUCCAUUUCUAGGGCUGAAGGUGACAGUCUGGACGCCGACACAAACGUGGUGGUCAUGGAAGUACGAGGCCUCAAGUCGCUGGCGCCCAGCAAGAUUGUCUACUGCACGAUGGAGGUGGAGGGAGGCGAAAAGCUGCAGACGGACCAGGCCGAGGCCUCCAAACCCAUGUGGGACACCCAAGGCGACUUCACCACCACCCACCCGCUGCCGGCCGUCAAGGUCAAGCUGUACACAGAGGCGGCCGGCAUGCUCUCCCUCGACGACAAGGAGCUGGGCAAGGUGGUGCUCCAUCCCACGCCCUUCACCUCCAAGGUACUGCCGCGGCAGUCUGUCGGCUGCAGAAGUGCUGGGGGUGAUGUGCUGCUGACGGCGACAUGA